CUCCUCCUCCUCCUCCUCCUUCCUCCGCCUUUUGUGCUACCAGGAGAGGCGCCGGAGCCGGAGCGGAGCGGGUCCCCCGCCGGACUUGCUGGUGGCGGCGGCGGAGCUGCUGGGCGGACGACGGAGCCCCGAGCGAGCGACGGACCCCGGCCGGCCCUCCGGGAGCGAUGCUGGUCCUGGCCGUGCUGUGGGUCUUCACGGGAGCCGACGCCGCUUUCGCCCAAGUUCUGCAGACCCGCUUUGUGGAAGAGCCUGAGGACCAGACGGUGGUGGCCGGCCAGAGGAUUGUGCUGUCUUGCGUGGUGCUGAACUAUUCCGGGAUUGUGCAGUGGACGAAGGAUGGCCUGGCCCUGGGGAUGGGGCAAGGCCUCAAAGCCUGGCCCCGGUACAGGAUCAUUGGAGCCUCUGAUUCUGGGCAAUGCAACCUGGAGAUCACGGAUGCCGAGCUCUCGGACGAUGCCCUCUACGAGUGCCAGGCCACAGAAGUCGCGCUUCGCUCCCGGCGCGCCAAGCUGACAGUCCUCAUUCCUCCCGAGGACCCUGUGAUUGACGGAGCCCCUGAGAUCCUGCUGCGGGCUGGGACCCCGCACAACCUCACGUGCCGGGCGCGCAACGCCAAGCCAGCCGCCACCAUCGUCUGGUUCCGCGAUGGGGUGCAGCAGUUGGAAGCGGCCACGACCACGGAAGUCUUGCCGGACGGGAAGCGAGAAUCCACGCUCAGCCAGCUCCUCAUCAACCCCACCGACCAGGACAUCGGCCGCAUCUACAUCUGCCGCUGUGCCAACGACGCCAUCCCGGCGGGCAAGGAGACCUCCAUCAAGCUCAACGUUCACCACCCCCCCACGGUGACGCUGUCCAUUCAGCCCCAGACGGUGCAGGAAGGAGAGCGAGUCACCUUCACCUGCGUGGCCACCGCCAACCCAGAGAUCAAAGGCUACAGGUGGGCCAAAGGCGGCAUCAUCAUCGAAGACGCCAAGGAGAGCAGGUACGAGACGCAGGUGGACUACACCUUUUUCACGGAGCCCGUCUCGUGCGAAGUGCACAACGACGUGGGGAGCACCAACGUCAGCACCCUGGUGGACGUGCAUUUUGCCCCUCGCAUCGUGGUGGAGCCCAAGCCCACGACCACCAACAUCAGCCUGGACGUGACGCUCACCUGCGUGUGGGCAGGGAAUCCGCCCCUCACCCUCACCUGGACCAAGAAGGAAUCCAACAUGGUGCUGAGCAACAGCAACCAGCUGUACCUCAAGUCCGUCACGCAGGCGGACUCCGGGCUGUACGUCUGCAAGGCCAUCGUGCCGCGGAUCGGGGUUGGAGAGAGAGAAGUCGCCCUCAUCGUCAACGGUCCCCCCAUCAUCUCCAGCGAGUCGGUCCAAUACGCCGUGCGGGGGGACCAGGGGAAGGUGGAAUGCUUCAUCGGAAGCACCCCUCUCCCUGACCGGAUGGCUUGGAGCUGGAAGGAGAAGUUUUUGGAGGCGGGCACCCUGGAGCGCUACACUGUGGAGAGGAGCAACACCGGGAACGGCGUCCUCUCCACCUUGACCAUCAACAACGUGAUGGAGAGCGACUUCCAGACCCACUACAACUGCACGGCCUGGAACGGCUUCGGCUCUCGGACGGCCAUCAUUCAGCUGGAGGAGGAAGAAGUUCUGCCCGUGGGAAUCAUCGCUGGUGCCACCAUCGGAGCUGGCAUCCUGGUCAUCUUCUGCUUCGUGGCCCUGGCCUGCUUCCUGUACAGACGGCGCAAAGGAAGCCGCAAGGACGUGACUUUGCGCAAGCUGGACAUCAAGGUGGAGACGGUCAACCGGGAGCCUCUGACGCUGCACACGGACCGCGAGGGGGACACGGCCAGCGUCUCCACGGCAACACGCAUCAUGAAAGCCAUCUACUCGCCGUUCAAAGAUGACGUGGAUCUCAAGCAAGACCUGCGCUGCGACACCAUUGAUACUCGGGAAGAAUAUGAGCUGAAGGACCCAACCAACGGCUACUACAACGUCCGCGCCCACGAGGACCGCCCGUCUUCGCGCACGGUGCUCUACGGCGACUACCGCAACCCCGGCCCUUCCCGCUACGAGGCGCGGCCCUCAUCCUGCCUCUCUCACUCCAGCGGCUACGCCCAGCUCAGCACCUACAGCCGGGGACCGGCCUCGGAGUACAGCACUGAGCCCGUCCCGGGCCCCGCUGCCGGCGCCUCCACGGCCGAGACGGCCAGCCAGCUCUCCUACGAGAACUAUGGGGGCCACGGGGCCUUCCCCCCCAGCGCUGGCUACGCCACCUACCGCCUGGGCUACACCCAGCCCCCUCCGCCCGCCCUGGACCGAGCGCCCUAUGACACCUACGACCCCCUGGGCAAAUACACCACGGCCACCCGCUUCUCCUACACCUCCCCGGACUACGGGCAUCGAUUCCAGCAGAGGAUGCAGACUCACGUCUGAAAGCGGCCAGGACUGGGGAGGGCAGGCGGAAGGUACCUCACGACUCCCCCUGAUAUUCAGGGGCUCUUCCCCGCCCCCCGAAACCCGGCCCCCUUCGCCCCCCCUGCAGGCUGGACUCGCAGACCUCCCCUCGGACGAGGGCGAUACCCGGGGGUCCGUCUUUCAAAAUCCCCGAGCUUCCUUCCGCCGUUUCUCAUAAAUAUUUUUCUUCCUCCUCGCAUGAAACACUGCUGUGAUGGGGGGGGCUUUUCCGAUUCAUGGGGGGCUGCAAGGGUGUCGAGCCAAAAAGGGGGCAUCUUGUGAGACCGGACCCUCCUCUCUGCAUGAGGCAGCGCCUUCGUCUCGCGGUGGACACCUGUAAGGAGGUGAAAGGUUGGAAAUGACCAAACCAGCGGGGGGGGGGCAGUGUGGCUGUGCUGGUGUUUGGCUUGGCCCCAAACAAGGAUCUGGGGGUACGCGGGGAGCCGUGCGUUGCAGUCGGAGGGGGGUUCUCAUCCUAAUGAGUGCAAGACAGAGAGAGGCUGAUUUCUAUGUCAUGUGGACUAGCGACUUGACUACCAAAUGGGGUCCCCACCCCUUCUUCUGUUCUGCGCUUGGUGCAACGACACCCCCUCUGUCAGAGCAGGUGGAAACACCCUUCUUUGUCACAGAGAGGCAUGCAAAUGGGCCUCUCUGGCGGCACAUGCUUUCACAUCUCCCCACAGCAAUGGAGCCCCACGUCCCUUGGGGUGCGAGCUGAUUGAGGUCUGGGGCUAAUGUUUCACCCACCCGAAAACAUCAAGAGAGCCUCGUCCCGCCCGCCUUGAGGCCGUGACCGAGCUCCUUGCAGAAUUUCAUAGACUCGCAGAAUUGUAAGGUUGAAAGGGCCCCCAAGGAUCAUCUAGUCCACCCCGCUGCCAUGAGGGAGUCGAUUUGGUACGCCAAAGGAUCCUGCCUGGGGUCCUCUGCCUCUUCACCCUCACCACCAGAUUGAGAGGCCUGGAGGAGAGAAUGGGCUGAGCUCCAUUGCGAUGCCUCGUCUCACCUGCUUCCCAGACUUUAUCCCUCCUCGCCCCACUGUUGGAGGGGAUGGGUGCUGGGGGAGGGGGCUCUUGUGGGAGAAACCGCCAGAGGGAAAAGGCCAGGGAGCUCUCCUGGGUCCCGCCCCUGUGACCUCUGGCUCUCUUGCUCAAACACCCCCUCCCAUCUG